AAGAACAAUUUUGAUUGGUUUAGAAAUUUUUCGGUAAAAUAUAUUUAAGCUUAUAAAUAACGAAAACAUAAGUCAUCAGACGAAUCAUCAACGAACAUUAACGACAAUAUACGAGAACUUAUAUAGUUUUAUUAAUGAAUUUCUUAAUGCAUCAAGAAGUACCAAACCAAGAUUUUGAACAUUUGGAUUUAUUUGAAGAAUUUUCUAUGUAUGAAACUCCAUUACCAAAGUUUGUAGUACCGAAUACUUUUAUAAAAAAUUUAGAAGAAAAAAAAAGUUGCUGUUUUUACGAAAAUAAAGCAAAUCCAAUUCAAUCAUCUCUUCAAGUUCCAUACGAUAAUGAGUUCAACUCAAGUUUGCCUCAGUUUCAUGAAGCUGCAUUUUCUUCCGAGAUGUCGUACAAUUCUUUAAACAGAUCUUUAGUUCAAGGCGUUUCAAGCAACGGAAAGUUCUCUCAGUCACCCGUGAACUCCAAUUACUCAAUUUCACCUUUAGAAUCACCUAAUCAUCAAUUCAUUCCAGAUGUGUAUCUUGGGUAUAUGAAUAGAAACACAACUAUGUCAAAAUAUCAAGAUAGAAACUGUUGCCCAUAUUUGUAUAAUGGCGUAUUAUCAGAGAGAAGAACGAAACGCGACGAACAGCUUUCUUAUGAAGAAUACGAAAAACGACGAUUGAGGAGAGAAAGAAAUAAAGAAGCUGCAUUAAGAUGCAGGACAAGGCGUAGAGAAAGAAUCGACGCGUUAGAGCAGGAAACUGCAGGAAUUGAACGAGAAAACUUAAAAGUUAACGAUGAAAUCGCAAAACUUGAAAAACAAGUGAACGAAAUGCAAAAGCUUCUUAGAGAACAUAAAUGCAAAAAAAAUUUGUCAUACAACGACGAAAGUUUAAAUCUUGCUAAUGUACUCUCUUAAAAACCUUUCAAAUUUGGAGAAUCGGUACAGUGUCCAGAAUCUCGGACUAAUUGAGCUUGUUGCAGUAACCCUUGGAAACAAAGAUUUCAAAAAAAAAUACCAGUUGAAAAACAAAAAAACCGUUGCCAAGUUAAAAAGUUGUGAAUGAAGAUCGAAAAAUAUUUUGAACGUUAGUUUAAAACAAUAUUAAUUUGGGCGGAACAAACCACUUUAAUGCCAAGAAAGUAUUUUGAAAUCAAUUACAUAUACAAUACGAUUUGUAACCACGUGAUGUUAUCACGUGGGUUAUUACGUUUUUAGCGAAAAUGAAGUUAUUUUCAGUGCGUACAGUAUAAGUUAUUUAUAAUAGCAUAUGGCAAUUGUAUUUGAAUUUAGAUAUAAAUUUUAACUUUGAAAUUUAUAAGAUAGAUAGUUUAAUCAAA